AUGUCAGGUCGCACUGGUCGCCGCUCUCACACUACGGAAGAAGAUCACCGCCAGCAAAUGCUGAGAAUGCUUGAUGAUCGAGACAUCGUCCGCCGCGCUGAGCUCGACAGGUUUUCAAGCGUGCGCCGCAAUGAUGACGACGUGGAUGUCGACUCACCGUGCCCGAUUUUUGACACGUGGUACAUGGAAGGAGGAGCUGACGCCGUAAGCCGCCCGACCAACUUCACUCCUUGCGAACUCAACGUACUGUGGUCCAUAGUGCGGCUGCACGUCACGCGCUACUGGAACGUCGGAAGAGGACGUCGCUCUCAGUUUGCUGGAAAGGACGUUCUCUUCAUGACGUUAGCUGCGUUCAAGCACGGAGGCACCUGGGAUAUGAAUGCGCACGUUUUCCUGAUCAAAACCCCGACGUUUAUCAAGACGAUAACGUCGUUUUGUCGUGUACUUGCGCAGCGCGUUUACGACGAGUGGGUGCGAGGAAAAGCGGUAGAGACCAAUAUGCGGCGGCUGGUGACUUCCGGAAACACCUUUAGUCACUACCCGUGCGCGUUAAAUGCGACGGACGUCACUUUCCAACAGGCCAAUCGACCUGCUGGAAACAUGACCGAAGUGAUGCCGUACUAUAGUGCUAAGCACAAACUGUACGGCCUCAAGGUAGAGGUGUCUGUAAACCCUAAAGGCUUCGCUAUCAACUGCAGCCAGCACGAGCGCGGCAACACGCCUGACAUUUCGAUCUUCCGGAACAACAUGGAGUUCCACUCGAGCAUGCGCGUGAAGUCGGAGACCGGCAACCAAAUUCCGGACGAGGGCCCGUUGCGCGAGGAAUUUUCCAGAGAAUGGGCAGUCCUCACCGAUAAAGGUUACCAGGGGCUGGAAGCUCACCUUCGCUGUAUCCAACCGACUAAAGGCUCGAACCUCCCGCCCGAGGUUCAGCGCCGAAAUGAAAACAUCUCUAGUGACCGAGACCUCGUUGAAAACUUCUUUGGGAGGCUCUGCAGUUUGUGGCGCAUUGUUGCGGACAAGUACCGCUGGAGCGAGGAUUUGUACGACGAUAUUUUCCAAGUUUGUGUGGGUUUGACCAACUUCCACAUUGAGUCAAACCCACUGCGAGAUACCAACGGUGAGGCCUACGCACAGCGGGAGAACAGACUACGUGCUAUUAGAGACCUUGUGCAACGGUUUCAUAACAGUAAAAAUGUGCAGUGA